AAAGGCAGCACGCGUCCGUACCUCGGUGUCUCUGAUAAAUUGUGCUGCUCUCUACUGCACUGUUAGUUGCCUGCACGCGAGUAGCAGGAGUGAAAAGUUGGGCGAGGCCUCCGGGGACUUUCAGUGCUCUGCCAUGAAAGCAUGAAACCGAGAUUACCUGGGCCAGGGAAAAAAUGUUUUCACCCCAAACACCGUCAACUGAAUGGACUAAAUUCACGAGAAAUAAACUACGUAUCAAGUGAAUCAAGGCCCCAUCUGGUCAGAUGCUAGUCAUCCAACCAUGACUCCCAACCACCAAAAUACCAAAACUAUUAUUAAAAUGUCACUUCUAGCGGUUUUUGUUCUUCUUCUCUUAGUUGAAAAAAGUGAAGUGGUUUCUGCAAACUCUGUUCCUUCGUCAACUAAUUUUAAGUAUCGGCCUCAGCCUCCUCCAUUUUCUCCUUCCCUUGAGCGUCUCAUUCAAGACUUAAAAUCAAACAAAAUAUCUGGCAAAGAAAAUUCGUCCUUGCCAUCCUUUGAAGGUUCAGAUCGAAAAGCCAUCGAUCCUCCAUCCAAAAUAUUUCUCGACUCCAUUAGGAAAAAACCUGCUCCGCAAAAUGCCGCAGAUAAAGGGAAGCUAACACGGUUAUCGAACUCUGCCUCCAUUGUUAACCACUCAGAGUCUCCGGCCACAAGAGAACAACAGCCUAUUGCUACGACACAACCUUCGAUUGCUGGAGAUAGUAGCUCCAAUAGUAAAGCCUCUCUCAACGGAGACAAUGUCUCGACUCAAAGAUCCGUUUUCGUCUUUGACAAUCCCUUCGAUAGCGAGCGAGAAAAUUGUCCUCCGCCUCUCGAGCCCGGACAUCUGCGCUGGAGGAAAGGAAACAACUUCGUGACUGCAUCUCUGCCGCACUUGCAGGCGUCCGAAUCUUGCCGACCUCCUGUGAAGUGCAGCUUCUCCACGACCGUACACAGACGCGUGUUUGUACAAGACGGCGACACGCUCCAGGUGGUGCUCCAGAUCACGGAUGAACCGCCAGACCUGACUCCUCAUCUGACACAACCAACAGCAACAAAAAAUGAACAAUUUAUCAGCCCCCUGGUGUAUGAGAGCGUGUCAACCAAAAGCAGUUCAGAACCUAAAAGUCAGCAGCCUUUGCAGCGUUUGACUCCUUCAGAUGAAGAGCAUGAAAGUUUGAAAAGUAUGACAACUGUUUUAAUGCCUACGAUGACCCCUUCCACCAUAACUUCUUCUUUUAACUACAAUAAGACUGACACAAGAAGUAGCGUUCAUUACUCGCUAAAGAAAGAAGCACUGCCUCAAGAUAAAGCCGACGAGGAAGAGACAACCGAUGAGCUUAAAAAUGAAAUAUCGGGAGCAUCGAAACAAAAGGCGGCAUUAGCUCUUCUUUCGCAGGCAAAUAAAGCAAAAGCUGCCAUGCCGGAUGGAAAGCCGUCUAAACUUUUGACUCGGCUCCAGCCCGUAACUUCGGAAGAAAAAAGUGGACGGAGAGACGAACCCUUGGGCGUUUCCGCUCCCUCGUUCUCGAAAAUAUCUGCCCCCUCCCACAAACAGACUCCUGGCCUCGAGCCCUCGGCUCCCUCUCUUCAGUCGGCUCCCUCACCCAACAAAAACAGCGGCGCCUUAGCAAACGAGACUUCCCCAGACACACGGACGCCGGUGCGCCUUCAGACUGUCGCAGCGUCGAGCGAGUCACUCAUCCGCAGACAAAAGAGGGCUCCACAGAUUCUUAUGACCCACACGGAAUCUGAUGAUAAAAUAGCUGACGCUGCAAACUCACAGAUGGCUCUGCCCAGGAUCUCGUCGUUGACUCUUUGGAAGGUGAGCGUGUCGGAGUGGGUGUCCUGCAGCACGAGGGAAGGCGGCCAGGUCGCCCAGAGCGGACCUGAGGGCAUCGCUACCCUCACCCCACACGACCUGCAGCCUGGCACCACGUACUUCAUCGGUCGGUCGUCGUGGUCAAGUUCAGAGUGCUUCAAGCUUCAGGUUACGGUCCGGUCGGCCGAGUGUGGCGAAGGCUCGCUCUGCUCCGGCAAGGGAACAUGCCACGCUAACUCUUCCAUGGAACACUUCCAGUGUGCGUGCUGCCCAGACUACAUGGGAUCGCACUGUGAAGAACUGGACGCUUGUCACUCGCAACCCUGCCUCAAUGACGGCAUCUGCGUGGACAUACAAGAGGGACACGACGGAAACACAUUUCAGUGCUUGUGUCCAUACGGAUACCGAGGCCGAGUUUGCGAGCACCCAUCGAACUUGUGCGAGUCUGCGCCCUGCAAGAAUGGGGGCUCCUGUGAGGGCAACCACUCGGUCUACAGCUGCUCCUGCUCCCCUGGCUGGUCAGGACCUCAGUGCUCCCAACCUGUCCCCACUCUGGCCGCGGCCACGCUUGAUCAACUCCAGCAACAAGACAGGUUUUAUUUGAAACCGCACCCCGACUACGGCAACCAGCCGGAACAGGAACCUGAUUUCGAGCGUCCGACUCCGACUCAAAGCUCUCAGGCUGACGAGGAGCAACAGAGCGUCUCUCUUCAUCCAGAAAUUCCGUCUUCAGAAACAUUUGAAAGUUCCCACGACAGCGAAGAGGAGACCGAGAGCUGCGAGGCGCGGCCUUGUGUGCAUGGAGUUUGCAUCGACACGCCAACCCAGUCUUUCCGAUGCUUCUGUCAGCCUGGGUUUGGAGGCAACAGAUGCGAGUUUGAGUACGACGAGUGCAGCUCUAACCCGUGCUAUAACGGAGGCACUUGCAUCGACCACAUCGGAACUUAUCAGUGUCUCUGCAGCCAGGGAUACUACGGCAAUCGCUGCCAAGCUAAGGUAGACAUGUGUCGUCCUGACCCAUGUCCGCAGAGCCGCGUGUGCCUGGACAAAGGCAACAGCUACUCGUGCGAGUGCCUUGCUGGGCUGCCUGAAGACGACUGUGGUCCACAUACAAAGGUUUGUGACUCAAACCCUUGUCAAAAUGGAGGCACGUGCUGGAGCAUGGCAGAGACAUGGAGCUUCUUCUGUGCCUGCCGACCAGGAUUCACGGGCGGCAUGUGUGAGGAGCUGCAGGUGCUGGAGACCGUAGGUAGCAUGGGCACCUUAGACCCUCCGCUGCUGCACGACGACCAGCCUGCUCCUCCGCUGUCGACGCUACCGUUCGGUGACGUGCAUAACGUCUACGUCGCUGCCACCGUCCUCUCCUGCGCACUGCUCAUCUUCGCUGUUGUGGUUGGCGCUUGCCACUGCCGCGUUAACAGAACCUACCGCAAGUGUCUGGUUGCAAUGCCGUGUGCCGGUCGAGACCAAACUCCCUGCAGCCUCCGCAGGGCCAGACACAACAACCUACUGGAGAAAGCGAGGAGGGAGCGCAACAGCGUGCUACGUCUCGACGCAGACUGCGACGGCUCAUCGCUACCGAUGACAUCACCAGGCGCCUCGUCUGCCGACAACAUAUUUUACAACAUGGAUAUGUGUGACAACCAAGAGCUGCCGCUUAUUAAAUAAGUGGUACCUUACUUAUACCGAGAAAAAGUUAUAUUAUGUCUUUUUUGCUCAUGCAUACGUCAUAGCGUAUCGAAGUGAAAUGCACAUUUCAAUAAAUGAGAAAACUAAGCCAGUAUUAGGUUUUUCGAUUUCUUCACUCAGAUGGCAACCAUUUUUAAAUUAUUCAUUUGUAUACAGUUGGCUGAUAUUAUUGAAUGAAAACAUAUACCUAUUUGGCUUCAAUUUUCAACACAAUGCUGUAGAAAUUUUUUCCUCCAAUCUCAAUCGUAAUGAAGAUUUUAUCGUUACUUUCCAUUCGUGCAAGAAGAAAUGAUAAUCAUGACGGACAUGAAUCUCACAGGGCACAAAGAACGAACUCAACAAUAAUGUUUCUGGACUAUUGACAUCAUAUGACAAAAGUUGCAUUUAAUAAUGCAUAAAAAACUUCCAAUCAGCAAUCUGUAAUCAAUUUCAAAAUAUUCGCACAUAGAAUCCAUUUCGACGCUUCUGAUGAUAAUUUCGAUAAUUAAUGUGCCACAUUUAUAUUUUGGAUUCAAUUUAGUCUUCCGGUUAUUCGGAAGCUUAUCAAGGUGCCAAAAUUAGUGAGCCUGUCUUCCCCGUCACUUCACAAUUCAUAAAGAAUUACGGGAAAUGCACAUCAUAAUUCAUAAUAAAUUCAAAAAGAAUGUAAAGUCCUCACAUGCUGUCAGCAGCAGGCUUACUCAAACUGAAUGAAUUUCUGUGAGCAUUCAGAAAUUAGGUCGAUACAUUUAUUCAGUUCUCACACAUUAAUUAAAUACUACAUUUAUUCUUUCACAAACUCAAAAAUUAAGAAUUUCAGCAUAUUAUGCAUAAGUGGUUUCCACGUAGAUUCAUUGUCUUGAUUUAUUUCAAAUUCCCCCAACGAAAAUCCCAUUUAUAUUUGAAUAUUUUCUAACAUAAAUAUAUUUUGUAUAACCAGGUUGGCAACUAUUCGAAAUCUAAAAUAUGCUCGCAGCUUUGAAUGGUUUCAACUAUCAUAUUCGCUCAUAUUAGGCUGUUCUCGCCUGCCAAGUACAAUGCUAAUCUAUGAUUUAAAUAAUAAUUGAUUGUAUUUACAAAGAAGAUAUCCACUGUACUUUGUAGGACUUGUUGAUCUGAAAGUUAAAGCUAUUCAUGUUUCAAACGCAUGUUUUGGCAUGUCAGGAGCACAUUUUGAAAAUUUUAUACAAUUCAACGCAUGAAUUGGAAUUUUAAGGGCGUUUAGAAAAAUGACGAAGAAUUUUACAGUAUUUCUUUAUAUACUAAAAAGGUUAGGUCUCGCCAUACCCUGUGAAAUACUUCCAUUCGUUAUCCUACAUUUCAUUCAGUCCAAUCAAUUUAUCAGUUUGUGUGUUUAAAAUACUGAAUAAAAAAUUACCAGGUAACUAUAAAUAGUUCUCACCGCUACAGAAAGAUGAUUAUAAUCAUGAUUUCGUCAUAUUAAUGUCAUCAAUCCAGACCAUAUAUUAGAGUUCUGAAAAAUGUAAAUAAUUAGCUAGUCGCUAAUAACUAAACAUUGCUAGUAUAAGUCGACAUUGUUAAUCCAUUAUUUUUUUGAAUACCUUGAUGCAAAAAUUGGAUUGCAAAAAAAUGAUUUUUCUAAUUUACAAAUCGCAUGGAAACUUGGUACUUGAGUAGGUUAUAUUAUCAACUGUCUUCGUACCCAAUAUUUUUACUCAACAAAGUAUUUUAGCAAUAAAGUAACAUUCAGUUUUCCGUGUUGAAAUUAUGGUUUUAAAAUCCGAAACUAAACUAUUAAAUUCUAAUUAUUACUACAUUUGCAAAAAAUGUGUAUGCCUGUGUGAAUAAUAUUGAAAUUUCACCAUCCUGUCAAAUUAUGAAGUAAAAUUUUGGAUAUUGCGGGAAUAUAGACAUUAUUAAUCUGAGCUAACAUGAAGCAUUUGUUUAAGUGUUCAAAAUUGAGCAUGGAUUCUUUCGUUAUUAGUUUUUUUUCAAUCAGAAAGGCUCUGAUAUUUACCAAGCUUUCAUAGAGCACAUUUUUAUCACAUGUUAUAGAAGCUUCUUCAAUUAAAGGCCAUUAGUUUUGUUGACCCCUUUGUUCAAAAUAUUCCUAGUGAAAGUAUUUAUUUGUGCCUCCGUUUUUAAGUAUAAAGAUCAAUCGCAGGCUAUUUGAAGUUUCUGCGGUCAAGCCACGCAUCUCAGUUUCCCUGGCGCAGAGACAAGUAUAGCGCUCUAUGAUUAAGCUUAUUAUAUUUUAUUUACUACUAUAACUGAGAUGGUUAAAUAUGCUGUAAAUAAUGUAUGAUAGAAUAGGUUUGCUUCUCUUUCUUCUCGUAGUAAUUGCUUCUGUCAUGUUAUUUCCGCACUACCCAAGCUUAGCUCGCUUACAUUAGUACGGUAGUUUGUCCCUUCUUUGUAGGUAAAGUUUACUACAAAUGAUUCUUAACAAAUAAAUUAGACUUUGAAGAAUCUGUUUAUUUCUUUUAACUAUUACUAGACUUUUCAUUAAUAGAUUCGAUAGAUGGAGACCUCAACUUUUAUUGAUACCAAGCAUUAUAAAAUUUUUUCACAGUUAAGUUCUACUAAAUCAUUUUAAAUUUUAUAGUAGUGAAUGAUUAUCGUAUCAUUGACAGUAUCCGUUCAUUUAGUGCCAAAAAAUACUCAUCAAUUAAUUUCAUUUCAAUUUCAUUUCUUUUUUCAUUAAUUCAUGUCACUAUUGUCGUUAGGUACGAUUGUGAAAUUAGCACAUAUUUUAGUUGAACUGAAUUCAACGUGUGAAGAUUUAAUGUACGCAUGUUGUUAUCUCUGACUAAGAGAAAUGAAGAUGUCAAAAUCAUGUAGAAAACCAAAAUGUGACUGACCUUAAUCAUUGAAUACAAGACGGCUAAAACUUGGGGAUGAAUCUAAAAUUGCAGUUUUUUAAAUGAGCAAGUUUUAGACAUUUCAUUGUCGACUCUAGGACUUUAUUCCAAGUCGCAACAUACAUGGGUACGAAACAGUCAUGGAGGACUCUCCAAUCUCUCUACUAUAUAUAUAUAUAUGCGAUAUAAAAAAUGUUAGCCCGAAUUCAUUUACGAUAUUUCAGUUAUGAAAGCAACUGCAAUGCUUUGAUGUGCGUUUGGAUGCCCCAUGUACAGUAUAGGGAGUCAUGCACGUCUCGAAUCGUGAGCUUUCGGGGGAUUCCUUCCAAAAAACUUCGUAUGUCUUGCCUUAAAUCGAGUCUCGAAUCGUCCAUUGUUUUGUCAUUCCAUAAUAUUUAUUAUAUGUAUAGACCAUAAAUGCUAGAAAUACAUUUGAAGUU